AUCAGCACUCGCCUGAAUACGACAUAUUUGUAGUAAGGUCGGAACCACGCAAAUCACGUUUGCCAACCAAGUCUCCUGUUUCAUUGGAAAAAGCUCCCAGAAUUCAAUCAACUCGAACUAAAUUCAUCGCCACCGAUGAUAUUGAGAAUGUGACGGUGCUUUAAUUUGCUCCGUUCCCGUAGAUCUCGCCGCCCGCGAUUUAAACUAGUUGAUCAAGAUGAGCCUUCUUGCUAAUGCCACCAUUGGAGACAUAGCUGGAGGUUCCAAUACUAUUGAGGUUGAGAAAUGCCAACUCUACUUUCUUUUCCUUUCUGAAAGUGAGCUUAGUAAUGGUGUUCGGGGCUUCUUGUAUUUUGCGGCUCUUGCCUACUGCUUCAUUGGAUUGUCGGCUAUAACUGCUCGUUUCUUCCGGUCCAUGGAGCAUGUUGUUAAGCAUACUCGGAUAGUCGAAGAGAUUGAUCCUUGCACCAAUACCGUCGUUGUCAAGCACAGAAAGGUUUGGAAUUACGCCAUAGCCGACAUCACGCUGUUGGCGUUUGGGACUAGCUUCCCCCAGAUUUCGUUAGCGACAAUUGAUGCAAUAAGGAAUAUUGGGCAAGUGUACGCUGGAGGUUUAGGUCCUGGUACACUUGUUGGUUCGGCUGCUUUCGAUUUGUUUCCCAUCCAUGCCGUCUGUGUUAUAGUUCCUAAAGCCGGUGAACUGAAAAAGAUAUCGGAUAUAGGAGUCUGGCUUGUGGAACUCUUUUGGUCUUUCUGGGCUUACAUCUGGCUUUAUAUAACUUUGGAGGUAUGGACACCAAAUGUGAUCACUCUUUGGGAAGCUUUAUUGACAGUGUUGCAAUAUGGGCUAUUGCUGUUGCAUGCAUAUGUUCAAGAUAAGCGUUCGCCCUAUUUAUCUCUGCCCAUAUCAAGAUCAAAGAGGCCAGAGGAAUGGGUACCAGUGGAAACGCCCCCGGGCAGGAAGGGAAACUCGGAUUAUGAUGAGUAUCAGAAGUUGACAGAUACCGAGGUAGCUGAAUCCUUGGAGCAGUUCAACAGAACGAUUCCUGAUCAAGAUAACUUGCUCUCGAUCUGGAAGCAACAGUUUCUUGAUGCCUUGACGUUGGAGAGCCGAGAAUCAAGAAAAAUGAAUAACUUAUGCCUACGGAUAGCAAAGUUAUUCUGGGAGUUGCUUUGUGCACCUUGGAGAUUUUUGUUUGCUUUCGUACCUCCAUAUCAGAUCGCGCAUGGAUGGGUGUCGUUCAUUCUCUCCUUAGCUUUCAUCAGCGGGAUAGCUUACAUAGUAACCAAUCUUACGGAUCUAAUAAGCUGUGUCACAGGUAUUGAUGCUUACGUUAUAGCAUUUACAGCACUGGCUGCUGGAACAUCAUGGACCGAUUUAAUGGCGAGCAAGAUUGCAGCAGAGCGGCAGAUCACAGCUGACUCCGCCAUAGCUAAUAUCACCUGCAGCAACUCCGUGAACAUAUAUAUUGGAAUUGGUGUGCCUUGGCUCAUCGACACGCUAUACAACUUCUUCGCCUACAAUGAGCCAUUGAGGAUUGAGAACGCCGGCUACCUCAGCUUCUCAUUGCUUGUAUUCUUUGCUACAUCAGUAGGCUGCAUUGGUGUACUUGUAUUUAGGCGUCUCACUUUGGGUGCAGAGCUUGGUGGUCCAAGAUUGUGGGCAUGGGUAACGUGUGUUUAUUUCAUGUUGCUAUGGCUCAUUUUUGUUGUGCUGUCGUCUUUACAUAUAUAUGGCCUUAUUUGAGCAAAUCUGCAGAUUUGUGAUUUAUUCAUAAUUUUCCUUGA